GCGGGCGAGGACGCGAGGCGGCGCGGCUCCCGGGCAGCAGCGGCGCCCUCGGAAAGCUGCGUCCGCCUUGCCGCUGCCACCUCGCCGGGGUGGCCAUAAUGUGCUCCGCUAGCGGCUCCCGGCUCCUGGGAGCCGCAGCUGCCGCAUCGGGCUCUGCGGAUCAGGAGGGCUCUAACUCCGGCAGGACCCCGUUGUUUCUAUAAUGGUGUGCGAAGACUGACGCCUAGAACAUUGCCUUACCUCUGACUUGUCAGCAUGGGGAGGAUCGGCCUCUCCUGUCUUUUUCCUGCUUCCUGGCAUUUUAGCAUCUCUCCAGUGGGGUGUCCUCGAAUUCUGAAUACCAAUUUACGCCAAAUUAUUGUCAUUAGCAUUCUAGCUGCUGCUGUUUCACUUUUAUACUUUUCGGUUGUCAUAAUCCGAAAUAAAUAUGGGCGGCUAUCCAGAGACAAGAAGUUUCAAAGGUACUUGGCACGAGUUACUGACAUUGAAGCUACAGACACCAAUAAUCCCAAUGUGAACUAUGGUAUCGUGGUGGACUGUGGUAGCAGUGGGUCUCGAAUAUUUGUCUAUUGCUGGCCCAGGCAUAAUGGCAAUCCUCAUGAUCUGUUGGACAUCAGACAAAUGAGGGAUAAAAACCGAAAGCCAGUGGUUAUGAAAAUAAAACCCGGCAUUUCAGAAUUUGCUACCUCUCCAGAGAAAGUCAGUGAUUACAUUUCUCCGCUUCUGAACUUUGCUGCAGAGCAUGUACCACGCGCGAAACACAAAGAGACCCCUCUCUACAUUCUCUGCACAGCUGGAAUGAGAAUCCUUCCUGAAAGCCAGCAGAAAGCCAUCCUGGAAGACCUUCUGACUGACAUCCCCGUGCGUUUUGACUUCCUGUUUUCUGACUCCCAUGCAGAAGUGAUUUCAGGGAAACAAGAAGGUGUGUACGCUUGGAUCGGCAUUAAUUUUGUCCUUGGACGAUUUGAGCAUAUUGAGGAUGAUGAUGAGGCAGUUGUGGAAGUGAUCAUUCCUGGUAGUGAGAGCAGCGAAGCCAUUCUCCGUAAAAGGACUGCUGGUAUUCUCGACAUGGGAGGCGUGUCGACCCAGAUAGCGUACGAAGUCCCCAAAACUGUAAGCUUUGCCUCCUCACAGCAGGAAGAAGUAGCUAAAAACUUGCUAGCCGAAUUUAACCUGGGAUGUGACGUUCACCAGACUGAGCAUGUGUACCGAGUCUAUGUGGCCACAUUUCUUGGGUUUGGUGGCAAUGCUGCUCGACAGAGAUAUGAAGACAAGAUAUUUGCCAACACAGUUCAAAAGAACAGGCUGCUAGGUAAGCAGACUGGUCUGGCUCCUGAUACUCCAUACCUGGACCCCUGCUUACCCCUGGACAUUAAAGAUGAAAUCCAGCAAAAUGGACAGACCAUGUACCUCCGGGGAACAGGAGACUUUGACCUGUGUCGAGAGACCCUCCAGCCUUUCAUGAACAAAACAAAUGAGACGCAGACUUCCCUCAAUGGAGUCUACCAGCCCCCAAUUCACUUCCAGAACAGUGAAUUCUAUGGCUUUUCUGAAUUCUACUAUUGCACUGAAGAUGUGUUGCGAAUGGGUGGAGAUUACAACGCUGCUGCGUUUACUAAAGCUGCAAAGGAUUAUUGUGCAACAAAGUGGUCAAUCUUACGGGAGCGCUUUGACCGAGGACUGUAUGCCUCUCACGCUGACCUCCACAGGCUAAAGUAUCAGUGCUUCAAAUCUGCCUGGAUGUUUGAGGUGUUUCACAGGGGCUUUUCAUUUCCUGUCAACUAUAAAAAUUUAAAGACAGCCUUGCAAGUUUAUGACAAGGAGGUUCAAUGGACCCUCGGAGCAAUCCUUUACAGGACCCGCUUUUUGCCCUUAAGAGAUAUCCAGCAGGAGACCUUCCGGGCCAGUCACGCUCACUGGCGGGGCUUCUCCUUUGUCUACAAUCACUACCUGUUCUCCGGCUGCUUCCUGGUGGUCCUGCUCUCCAUCCUCCUCUACCUGCUGCGGCUCCGACGCAUUCACAGGUGGACACUGCGCAGUGGUUCGGCCGCCACCCUCUGGCUGGAGGAGGGCCUUCCGGCCCAGAAGAUGGCGGGUACCCUGUGAAGCAGAGUGAGAGAGCCCAGGAAGACUUUCUAACGGAAAAGCCAUUUUUGCCUCAGGGUUUCUCCUCUUUAUUCUCAUUUGGUUUUAUUUUUCCUUUCCCUUUUUGUUCCUUGAAACAGAAACAAAAUCCAUUAUUUGUAAACUCUGCCAUCCUGGCAAUAUUGUAUUUGGCCCCGUUUUGUAUACAGCUUUAAGUUGAGGAGUAAGAAAAAAGGAAAAUCACUUCAUUUUUGCUGCAUAGAAUAUCUGCCAAAAAUUCCUAAGCUUUUCGGUUUUUCUUUAAGGUUUGUUUAAUUUUAAACAGAUGCACUUUGAUAUUGGAGGAAAAAAAAAAAGCAAAGAGGUCAUUUAUCAGACAUUGGACUGAAGAGUGAUAGUUCUCCAGAACCAAAAACUCACUGACUGAAGUUAAAAUGCUUUUUUUCCCUCUAUCUUGAAAGCCCGAACCUAAUGAGAGUGACGUUUAGUUUUUAUUUAUUGUUCAGAUCUGUCACUAUAUGUUUUCUUUGCAGGUCUAAAAAAUCAAAAUUGUUUAUAUCCAAAAUAGAGAAAUAUAAUACCUAAAAUAGAGAAAAAAUAGUUACCAGGAGGUAACUUUUUAAAAAAUCAAUAGUGAAGAGACCUGAAAAAUGUGAAAUAACGACUAAGAGUGCUGUGUGCGCGCGCGCGUGUAAAAUGCUAAUGAAAGAGAAUGAGGGAAUAAUGUUCUUUCAAAACACAUGCUUCAGAAUUUACUGUUUCGUUUCAUUUUAUUUAGAAAGCUCCCCAUUAUCAUUAUCUUUUCCUGACACAGGUAAUUACUUUCUUGGGAAUUCUCAUACAUAGUUUUUUAGGUGAAGUUCUUUUUGUGCGUGUGCAUAUGUGUGUACGUGUGUGCGUGUGUGGGUGUACACACGCACGCACUCACACACACACACAGUCUCUUAACUCCAGAACAAUUAAAUUCGUCUAGCUGGUAGCAAAGUUAUAUUUCGAGAACCCUUCGCUCCUAUUUCAGAAAUUAUUCAUUAGAGAAAGACUUCCGAUUCUGAAGCCCUUCUUUAACUUAGGGGGAAAAGUUGGAUUUUUAUCCUAUUGCCUACUUAAAACCAUGGUAUACUAUAUAUCAAUGAUUUAAAAAAGAUUACAAAUUUAUGAAAGAAAUGCAAAUUAUCCUAUUCUGUGCUCUUCAAAGUGAAUAUAAUAAUACCAAUGAAAAAAUCAUUGGUAGAAUAUUUGCCUCUCAAAUAUUCAGAAGGUGUGAGGAGCCGUGUGGUGUUACAGUGUCUAAUGUGGAGAGAGUUGUUUCAGAGAUGAUGGAGAUAAAUGUCCCUGUGAAAGAGCCAGCUUCUAAGUGCUGGUCUCCUGAUAUUAAGUCCCUGGUCCCUUGGCAAACACUUUCUUAUCCAGACCCAGCCACACACCAGCUGUGGCGUAGAUACGCCGGGAGUAGAGUGAGCUGGUGUGCUUCUCGAAUUCUUAGAUGGUUUCACCCUGUAGACUAUAGAUGGCUUUAGUGGUCAAGAAGAAGUAAGUUUAUACUUUAGCUUUUCUCCCACCAACCGUUUGGAAUAGUAAGGCCCUAACCUAUAGAUUGAAGUUUUUCAGGCGCCUAGAGUAUGUGAUUUUGCCUUGAAAAUCAAGGAUAAGCCAGCAUGAGCACAGAUUUAAAUAGGUCUUAAUUAAGACUUCAUACUGUAAAUGGCCACUUUUUGGAUAAAGGGUGCCAGCUCUGUGCCGUUCAGGCAGCAGAGGAGAGACAGAGUUGUUCUGCUUUAUGCCUGGCAUAAGGACCCCUCUGCAAGGACCCACCUCACUCUCCAAAAGAAAUCCCCAAGUUAGGGUUCCAAGGCCCACGCAGCCUUAGACUUUGCACAGGUCAGUGCCGUGCUCCCCUGCCGAAGAACUCCCCGGAGAAGGGCUCGGCAGGCUGUGGCCCAUGGGGAAAACCCAGAAGACCUUGAGCUCAGAAUGCUGCUUCAGUUCUUCAAGGGUAAAGACAAAAAAAUAAUGAAUAUGCAACAGAGACGAUAUGGCCUGUGGAAGGUAAAAUAUUUACAAAAUUUCCCUUUACAGAAGACAUUUGCUGACCCCUACGCAAACAGUCACAUUCAAGAAAGGAUAUCACAGUAGCAUCCUCUUAAUUCAGGAAGAUGGUUAUCAUUUGUGGGCACAAAAAGAUGGCCAAGAGAGGUGACCAAACUUCAAUCUUAAAAUAUUUGUUUAUGCACCAGAAUUUCACUUUUUAACUUUUCCUCUAGAUUACUUUCAAGAUCAGUUUUCCAAUAAACCAGGAAACAUGAUCCCCAAAUUUAAAAAGUGCUGUUCGAGAGGACUCACUGCGAGCCUUGUGCUCAGACGUCUGCGGUCACGAGAAGACCUUGCGUAGUUUUUCACCACCCUGUGUCACAGGAGAGAGGACAGUGGCGCUUUCUCUCAGUGGCGCAGAGGUGGCUGGGGUGAGAGGCAAGCCAGGGAGGAGCUUAAUUCAGGAGAAGAACUAAUGUCAAUUAAGGUCUGGCCAAGUAGGCCGUAAACUCUGAAUUCGUGUAAUAGAAAGCAGAGGAAAUUGGACUGGUGGGAACUUGCUAAAAGCCUCGUUGCAGGUUGAACGUUCUGUUCGAUCUUGGCAGAAGCACAGUACAGUAAACGCUCCUGUUCCUCGUCAUAUUGUGUGCUGCUCCGUUUUUAACCUCCAGAGGAUGUUCUCAAAGGUUUUACAGUCCAUUUAAGGAAAUCACAGUAAAAGGACAGACUGUUUUGUACAGUGGGUUUUGCAUAUCUUCACCCUAAACUGCUGGGUUUAGGCAGCGCUCCCCAACCUGGGGGUGAGCUGAAGAGGCAGCUCCUGGCUCAUCCUGGCCGCCCUGGAGGCUGGGAAGAACAUUUGUUCACCACUCACUGUCUAUACCCGUGCUCUCAGGUUGGCAAGCUCUGGAUUAACAGAUAUUUAAAUUUGAAACUCAGGCCUACAUAGAAUAGUUUUCCUUAUAAGGAGCAUGCAUCACUUAGCAAGAAACUCAAAAAGGCAAAUGUGUUUUCCAAGUUUGUUUUCUUUCACCUUUAGAAAAAUUUUGCGUGGUAAUGUGCAAUGCAGCAAAACUACCUAUAAGUAAAUUAUUUUGUUAUUUAUUUCUAUUUUGUUGUUUUGUCUUUUUAUGAUCUCGAUUUUCCCUUUCAAUAAUAAAUGAUGUAACCAAUCAAGGAGAAUUCUUUGUUCUAUUACUAAGAUUAUACUUUACAGUUAGGAAUUACAAAAACUAAAGGAGUGUCUUUAAAUGUGUUUUUAUUUAAAUGAUGUUUUCUCCAUUCAAGGUAAGAAUAAUUAUUUGGGGGGGAUCGUGGUGGUGUCAUAUCACUUUUUAUACUUGGCAGCCUCCCACUGUCACACACACCAAUGGGUGUUGAGAAUCAAAAUGAAGAGUUCAUUGAUGACCCAUCGAUGACCCAUCAACUUGUGUGACCUUGCUUUCUUGUGGUUUAAAUAGAUUUUUUUUCCUGAUGUUUUGAGUCUUCUUAUCUGUUACAAUGCUUAGUUGAACUUGAAUCUAAAUUCAGUAAAAUAAAUUGUCAGAGUCUGACUACA